ACACAAAGCCGACACAGGCUGUAUUUACGCUCAGUUAUGUCGAGUUUGUGCCCAAGGUGGGAAACAGUUACAGUUUUCAGCUUGUUGUUUUAAAGAUAACUAACCGGUGAUUACCGGCAUCAGGAAGUAUUUUCAGGAAGUAGUUUGCUGCCUUGUUUGAGUGACAGCUGUGCGGUGGUGACAGCCCACACGGGACGGCAGCCCGCAGAGCCGAGCCGAGACUCAAGAUGGCAGGUCUAUCUUUAUACUUUGAAGAUGGCCAUGAUGAUCUGGAUGACUUUGGAUUUGAUGACUAUGGUUCAGAGUGCGAUGGCAUCCGCAUCACAGCCUUCCUCGAUGCAGGACAAGACAACCUAACACCUCUUGGGAGGCUAGAGAAGUAUGCCUUCAGUGAGAAUGUCUUCAAUAGGCAGAUCGUGGCUCGUGGCCUGCUUGAUGUGCUUCGAGAGUUCAGUGACAAUGAAAAUGACUUUAUAAGUGUCAUGGAGACAGUUGCCAGAAUGUCAGAAGAUGGAGAGCCUACAGUGCGAGCUGAACUGAUGGAGCAGGUUCCCAACAUCGCCAUGUUCUUACACGAGAGUCGGCCCAACUUCCCAGCAGCUUUCUCAAGAUACUUGGUGCCCAUUGUAGUCCGAUAUCUCACUGAUCCAAACAACCAGGUGCGGAAGACGAGCCAGGCAGCGCUGCUUGUUCUGUUGGAGCAGGGCCUCAUCUCUAAAGCUGAUAUGGAGACCAAAGUUUGUCCAGUUCUGCUUGAACUCACAGAACCCAGCAGUGACGAUGACUACAAAAUUGAGGCAGUUGCUAUCAUGUGUAAAGUUGUCACCAUGUUGAGCAAAGACACAGUGGAGCAUCUUUUGCUGCCACGCUUCUGUGACCUGUGCAGUGAUGCCCGGCUCUUUCAAGUUCGCAAGGUCUGUGCAGCCAAUUUUGGAGAGUUUUGUUCUAUUGUGGGUCAGGAGGCAACUGAAAAACUAUUGAUGCCCAAGUUCUUUGAUCUGUGCUCAGACAGUCUGUGGGGCAUCAGGAAAGCUUGUGCUGAGUGCUUCAUGAUGGUCUCCAAUUCCACUUCUCCGGAGGUGCGACGUGCGAAAUUGUCCCCCCUGUUCAUCAGCCUUAUCAGUGACCAGUCUCGCUGGGUGCGACAGGCUGCCUUUCAGUCUUUGGGGCGUUUCAUCUCCACCUUUGCCAAUCCCUCCAGCACAGGCCUUCACUUUAGAGAGGACGGCUCUCUACUAGAGGUUGCCAGGUGUACAUUGGACAGCGACUGCUCUCUAAAUUCUCUGAACUGCUCCGACAUAAGCGGCUGCCACACGGAAAGAACCAUCGCUCACACACCUCCCAAUCAGGAUGGCCGUGCUACGCCAUCCCCAGAGCACAUUGUAACAGCUGACUGUGAAGAAAUGCACAACUUUGACGACAACCACAGUUAUAUUCCUGGAGAAAUGCGCCACGCCUUCACCCACACAGUUUCAAACAGCAGCCCUACGACUACAAACAACGCUAAAAACACAAAAGAAACAGAGCAGACAGAUGAGAACUUUAAUUCUUUCCACUAUUGGAGAUCUCCGUUACCAGACAUCAGCGGGGAACUGGAGAUGCUAAAUUGUCAAACUUCAGAGAAAGUGUUCGACAGGGAGGAAAACAAAGAGGAGGAGGAACCUGAAGAUGAUUGUCCUGAUUCCAAGUCCAGCCCUGGCAAAGCUACCAGCGACCAGAUCCAAAAGGUCUUAGACUGUUUGCAACCCCACAUGGAUGACCCUGAUGUACAAGCUCAAGUCCAAGUGUUGUCAGCAGCUCUGAAGGCAGCCCAGCUCGACAGCCCGACAGACGACAGCCCAAUAGACGACAUCCCGACUGAACCCCAGUCAGAAGAGCAGCCUGAGAACAACACCGACAGCCUGUCUGUGGAGGUUCAGUCAGAGAGUGAAGAGAGUCCCACAGAAGAGGAGCAAACGCUGGAAACUCCUCCAGCCUCGGAGUCCAGCCCUGUCCAGGAGCAAGGUGAUGAAGAGACGCAGACGGAGCCCCUGGAGGACCCGAAGGACAACGAAGAGUCUUCUCCUGACUCCCCCAUUUUAGAGUCUGAACUAAUUGAGAGUGUGGAGGCGGAGAGAAAGGAAGACACUGCUCACAGCCCAGUGUUUGAGGAUAAGCCUAAGAUCCAGAAUGUCAUCCCCCAGCAGCUGUUGGAUCAGUACCUCUCUAUGACAGACCCGGCCCGGGCCCAGACGGUGGAUACGGAGAUAGCCAAACACUGUGCCUUCAGCCUGCCGGGUGUAGCACUCACGCUGGGACGACAGAACUGGCACUGCCUGAAGGACACAUAUGAAACCCUCGCUACUGAUGUGCAGUGGAAGGUGCGGCGUACGCUGGCUUUCUCCAUCCACGAGCUGGCGGUUAUCCUGGGAGACCAGCUGACAGCCGCUGACCUGGUGCCCAUCUUCAACGGUUUCCUCAAAGACCUGGACGAGGUCCGCAUUGGCGUGCUCAAACACCUCUAUGACUUCCUCAAGCUGCUGCACGCAGACAAGAGGAGAGAAUAUCUGUACCAGCUGCAGGAGUUCAUGGUGACAGACAACAGUCGCAACUGGAGAUUCAGAUAUGAACUGGCAGAGCAAUUGAUCCUCAUCAUAGAGUUGUACAGCCACUACGAUGUGUAUGACUACCUCAGACAGAUAGCGCUUACACUCUGCUCUGACAAAGUCUCAGAGGUCAGGUGGAUUUCCUACAAACUGGUUGUAGAGAUCCUCCAGAAGCUGUAUGCAUGUAGGGCCGAUGAUCUGGGCCUGAACUUCAUCAACGAGCUCACAGUCAGGUUCUGCCACUGUCCCAAGUGGGUGGGGCGGCAGGCAUUUGCCUUCAUCUGCCAGGCUGUAGUGGAGGAGGACUGCAUGGCCAUGGAGCAGUUUAGCCAGCACCUCUUACCUAGCCUGCUCAGCCUCUCCUCAGACCCGGUGGCCAAUGUCCGCGUACUAGUGGCCAAGGCUCUACGACAGAGUGUCAUGGAGAAAGCAUACUUCAAGGAGCCUGGCUGCGCCUACUCUGACGAGCUGGAAGAGACUGUGAUGGCUCUGCAGUCGGACAAGGACCGGGACGUCCGCUUCUUUGCCAGCCUGGACCCCAACAAAGGCUUGAUGGACACGGCUCCCCUGAUUUAACCUCAGCUCCUGAGUCCCACUACAGCCCACCUGCCUGUCUACCUACCUACUUGUCUGUCUGACUGAUGCACAGUCAGAGUAACCUGCAACACCAGCACCUGACCAGAUGCCCAACCAACUCGCCUGCUGGGCAGUCCUCCACCAACGACCACUUGAGAAUCAUGUCAGAUGUUCAGAUUAACUAUAUAAAAGUAUGAGCAUGCUCCAACAACACAACCCAGUCUCUGGUUGGGCACUACAUUGCACACAUUGCAUUCAAAACACAAACUGCAUACUUCUCAGAGUUUUCAGAAAAUGAGCAGGACUCAAGAGAUUAGCUGCACCACUUUGUGGGAGCUGGCGUAUUUACACCUGAACUUCUCCCAUCCACCCUCCUCCACACUAACAUUGACUCAACCCUUCCCCAAAACUACGUCUCUCUCUCUCUCUCUCUGUCUCUCUGUCUCUCUCUCUCUCUCUCUCUCUCUCAAGCUAAUUGUAAGCUUGAUAUUAAAUUGGUGAAUCUUUUUUUUUUUUUUCUUAAUGCUUCAUUUUGUGGAUUUCUUAACGAACAAGCGGGCGAGGCCUGCCCGACUGACGUGUGCACUAACUCAGGGGGACUCAUCUGAACCUAAACAGCAUUAUUAGCUUACAUGAUACACAUGAUCAGCUCCUGGAUCCCUGGUGACAAAUACUCCAGCUGUCUUGAGCAACAGACCAGCCAAACCAAGUAGCCCUGCUGGUGUCGCUCGCCUCAUUUUCUCCUAAAUGCCUCCGUUGUCUCAGAUGUCCUGUGUCUUCUGAGAUGUCCUCUGGGUUAUUGUCUGUUUCCCUUUUACCUUCUCUUCUCUCACUCACUCUUUCUCUGCAUUUCUCCACCUGAUCUUCAUGGGCCAAUGAAACCACUACUACCGCACAGAAGGAACAGUGAUUGUGCCACUGGGCGUAACUCUUGAUUAAAACCAUAUCUUGAUGUUUUAAAAGAACACCUAACCCCCGCGUCUGUUUACCAAAAAUGUGACACAACGCGUCUCUCAAAUGGCAGGAGACUAAUGAAAUACCUCUGUGUGGACAUGACUGGCCAGUGUGUCGUACAUGUAGAGGGAUAUCCACGGUUCAAAGAGGCUCUGAAUGUCCUCGAUGGGUGAUCUCUUUUUGACCGAUUCUGUGGUGUUGAGAAAAACAUCUUAACAAGGGCUCAUGAUGUGACACAAGGCGAUGUAAAUGUCAGAAAGAAGAGGAAGAAAGCAAGCACACUGUUGGAAUAUGCAUGUGCCCCCCCCCCCCCCCCCCUCCAUUGUGUAUAGUCUAUUCCAGUUACUUAAGGUUGACCUCCUGAUAUUGAUUUAUAUGACCAUGGUAGCUUUCAGUGGAUCUCACCGACCAGUUGUACAGUAGGAUAUAGGAAUGGCUGUGUUACGAAACUGAAAGCUGAUCAUUAUUUCCCUGUAUUGGGGGAAUGAUUUAUUAAGUAUGAGGUUUAAUCAAAACUCUUUGUACAGCUUAAACCUGUGGAAAACGGUAUGUGUUUAUGGAACCAAGGCCAGUUUAGUCGGGUUUUCACCCAUCGAGAUGUUUGUGUGUGAAUAUUGGGAGCAGCCACCAAGUCACUUUUUGUAGUGUUUCGAGCUUGUUGGUUUUCCUCUGUUGUAAAUGGUAACCCCUUCUCCCGCCCUCUCCCCCCAUUUUUCUUUUUUUUUUGGAACAGACAUAACUUGAGAACUUAAGCUGAUUGUGGUGUGUGCUGUGCAUCUCAAGUCUUUCUUCCUUCGAAAGGAGAGCUCACUGCGGUAAUGGCAGUGUCUACUCAUCUCGUCUGUCUGCAAUUUGUGUCCAUCUCAUUUUUUAUGUAGUAGAACAGUUAAUAUAUACAUUUUAUGAAAAUUAUUUUUCUUUUCAAUUAUGCACCACUGUUCAAAGAUUUUAUAUCCUAACUUUACAAAAUUUACAACCUUUGUAAUAUUCAAUGGUUUCUUUUAAAAAGACAUUUUAUGUAAUGUUAUUUUUAGUAUUCUGUAAUUAAAAUGAUGAAAAUUAA